AUGGAUGAUGGAUGUAAGUGUAACUUAUAAUGCUGUUGUAAAUUAAAACAAAUUUAGAAGUUACUUUAUAUUUAUAUUUCACAGUUCGAGUAGUUGACAAAGAAACACACCAAAGAAAUUUAAAGAACUUGAUAGCUAAGUACAAGUCACAGCCAUCGCAGCCUUUGUAUGAUUAUGCCGACAUGAUGUAUGUUGGUAAGUACUACAGUUAAAUCUCUUUAGUGUUACCCUCCAUAGUGUGUCACUUACAAUUUAGUCAAUAGUGUAUACCUAUAGUUUACAAUGCUUUAGGCGACAUAACCGUCGGAACUCCACCAACUCACUUCCUUGUUGUGCUAGACACGGGCUCAACCGAUGUUUGGAUUCCUGGUAAUAAUUGCAAAGUCGAAAAAAGUGGAGAAAAGUGUAACAAAACUUUGUUCGAUGAAAAAGCAUCUUCUUCAUAUAAAGACCUAGACCGUCAAUUUGAAAUACAUUAUGGUACUGGUCACGUAAAGGGUCAUGUAGGAGAAGAUACUGUUGUGUUGUGUGGUUCUGGCAAUAAUGGCGUACUGUUUUCGGGUGGUAGUGGCAAUGACGGAGAUAGUGGCAAAGACGGAGAUAGUGGCAAUGACGGACUAAAAAUAGUGAACCAAGGAAUUGGUGUUGUUGAUAGACUAGACCAUUUGACUAAUGGGUAUCAAAACAUGGAGGGAAUCGUUGGCCUUGGGUUUUCUACCAGCUCAGAAGAAAACGUAACGUCGAUAUUUGAAAAAGCGGUAGAAGAAAAGUUGGUCGACGAACCUAUUUUUACAGUUUGGAUGGAUGAAGAAGGCUUGGAUUCUGAAGUGAGUGACGCAAGACAAAUUUUUAAAAAAUGCAAGCCACUGGCAAAAAAUACUAUAGUACUAUAUUACCAUAUUCCAGGGCAAAGUAGGAGGCCAAAUAACCUACGGUGGCUUAGACACAGAUCAUUGUAGCUCCGGUAUUGACUAUGCCCAAAUCACAAACACUCAUUGGUGGCUUUUUGAAAUAGAUGACUUUGAAGUUAACGGUGAACCGAUUGGUCAAAAGUACAGAGUAGUCACAGACACUGGUACGUCUUUCAUCACCGCUCCUGCAGAUGUGUUUUUGCAAAUUACUAUCGAAUUUGGAGCGAGGUACGACUUUGACGACUUGGUUUUUAAACUACCUUGCAAUUCCAAUAUUUCACUUACUGUGGUGCUGAACAACAAAAGGCAUGUAAUUGAAGCUGAGCACUUGAUGAUAAAACAAGGUGACAGCAAAGAAUGUAUUUUAGCUGUAGAAGAGGUUAACUUUGAUGACAUCGAUUUUAUUCUUGGUGAUCCGUUUAUUCGACAGUUUUGUCAAGUUCACGAUGUUGAAAACAAACGAGUCGGAUUGGCUAAAUCGAAACCUAAAACACUCUAG